AUCGUCCUUCAAUUCUUAUUGUUUGUUGCCUUCUUCGUUCUUUCUCCCGUUCGGAUGAGACAUAGCGUGACGCCCUGAUCAACUCAUAUAUAAACAACCCCCAAAGCGUUACGUUCAUUGAUCUCUCUGAACACCAUCACCACCAUCAUCCUCCUCCUCAUUCCUCAUCUAAAUCAUUAUCAUCGCCAUGGAUCCCAACCCCAGCCCAAGGAAGAUGCGAAUCCUCAAAUAUGUCAUGACCAAAAUCCCCAGCUUCAAACGCCGGCAAUUGCAGGAGCUUGAGAACGAAAGACUAGCUCGCCCAUACGCCUUGCCAGAAACCUACACCGAGCUAUCUGAACGUGAAUCAUAUACCGAGUUAGCCGAACGUGUGUCUCAUUUAACAGAAGAUGAUAUUCUAGCCAACAUCCGUGCGGUUGUUGUUGAGGUUAAACAGAUCCGUUCGGUUAUUAAAUCUCUAGGUGACCGUCCCGACCCAGAAACCGUUGAUCUGGCUAGGUUGCGGUACGCAGAAGCCGAAUCUCCAGUCGCGGGUCAAUUCGAUGAGAAUGCUGAAUACGAUAUGGAGAUGGAGAAGAGGAAGAGAUUGGUGAAAAGAGAGAGGCAGAUGUAUAAGGCAUUGAUUUCUUUAGAUGAGAUGCAUGAAACGUAUAGCGAUCUGCUUGUUGUCGCGGAGAGGAGGCUUCAGAAGCUUUAUGAUACGGCUAAAUCAGCUGGGAAGUUAUCCGCGCUUGAUAAGAGGGUGUCUUCUAUGCUUCCGACGAUAGCUGAGGAGGUGAAGGAGGAGAUGGCGGAUAUUCUUCAGGAUGCGUUGAUGAACGGUGUUGAACGGAUUGAUUUGUCGCGCAGGCGGUUGCCGUUUGUUCCUGAAGCUUUUGGGAAGCUUCAUACAUUGGUUUCUCUUGACCUCUCCUCCAAUAAACUUACGGCUAUACCAGAAUCACUUGCGGGACUUACGAGUCUCGAGGAGCUUAAUCUUUCUGCUAAUCUCUUUGAAUCACUACCAGAUACCAUCGGCUCGUUGCAACAUUUGCAGUUUCUAAAUGUCUCAAGGAACAAACUCACUUCCUUGCCCGAUGGCAUUUGUAAAUGCAGAUCAUUAUUAGAAUUGGAUGCUAGUUUCAAUCAGAUUACAUAUCUUCCUGCCAACAUUGGGUAUGGACUAAUCAAUCUAAAGAAGCUUAUAAUGCCUUUGAACAAGCUGCGCUCUCUUCCUACCUCCAUCGGCGAAAUGAUAUCUCUUCAAGUCCUUGAUGUGCACUUCAAUACGCUCAGAGGCCUGCCACCCUCAAUCGGAAUGCUUAAAAAACUCGAGGUUCUUAACUUGGGCAGUAACUUUAACGACUUUACAGCACUCCCCGAAACAAUCGGGAGUCUAACUCGCCUAAGGGAACUCGAUAUAUGCAACAAUCAGAUUCAACAGCUGCCCAUUACAUUUGGGCGGUUGGUGAGCCUGACCAGACUGGUGGUGGACCAUAACCCGUUGACGGUUCCACCACCAGAGGUGGUGGCAGAAGGUGUUGAAGCUGUGAAGGUGUAUAUGAGCAAGAGGUUAUAUGAUAUGAUUGUAGAAGAAGAGAGAAGGGUGAUGUGGGAACGGGAAGAACAGGCACAACAAGCUGGGUGGUUUACGUUUUUGUUUUUCGGGCCGGCUUAUGGCCCGGGCGCAACGUAUCCUUACCUCACUCAUCGACUUUGAUCAAGUUAUAAAAUCCUACCAUAUAUAGUAGCUUGGGUUUAUUCUUCGUUCAACCUUGUUAUUCAUUGUUUUUUAAAAUGUUAUGUUUUUUCGGACCGGAAACAAACCUGAAAACAUGUAUGUAAAGGUUGCACGCAGGAUGGAUACAUGUAACAUCCUAAAUUUUAUUCCAUUCCAUGUGUUAAGGACGAUUUAUUGAAAUAAAUGGCCUCCUUUAUUUGUUGA